UAUCGCCUCUAUCACCCAAGACAAGACGGGCCGGUCUUCACCCUGGAGCAAUGCCUAAAUAUGCUCCAGGCCUACCACCAGCAAGAUGGUCGGCGCCGUGGAUGAGGGUGGUUGAGGACCCUGGCGAAGUUCCAAGCUGCUCCCAGCCCACAAGCAAUGGCUAGUAUGAACUGACCUGGUGAGUUGAGGCACUAACCUCUGUGACGAUGGCGGAUUGUGACCCUGAGACAAUGCUGGAAUGGCUGCAGAUAGGCAGCGGGGAGAUGCAAGAAAUGCAGCAUAUCGCCCUUGAACAACUGUGCAUGCUACGGCUCAUCUGACAACGUGGAUCGGGUGUUUGAAAGUUUCCCACCACGUACAUUCUUCUCGCAAUCACUUACUACCUUGAUGUAUCAGCCGAGUGCACUAGACGGAUUGUGGCUGUUGAGGGGGCUGUGAAGGCACUGUGUAACUGCCUUGUGCUGGUUGACAUGGAGUCUUGGACAAGCAAAGACCUAGCAGAGCAGUGUAUCAAGGUGCUAGAACUAGUAUGCACACGAGAAUCCGGGGCAGUGUUUGAAUCAGGUGGGCUGAACUGUGUCUUGCAAUUCAUUUGCGAACAUGGCAGCCAGGUUCAUAAAGACACACUCCACUCAUGCAUGUCCGUCGUCACCCGGCUAUGUGGCAAGAUAGAACCCAAGGAUAGCUCCCAGCAGGAGUGUGUAAGCUCUCUCUCCGCCCUGCUCGAUCAUGAGGACCAUUUUGUGAGUGAGGACCAUUUUGUGAGUGACGGAUCCCUGCGGUGUUUUGCUUCCCUUGCUGACAGAUUCAGAGGGGAGGACCCAGCGCCGCUAGCGGCUUACAGCCUUAUUAAUGUUCUCCUUCAAAGGCUGUGUCAGGCAGGUGAACCAGGUCUGAAUACACCCAUAUCAAGCAUGCCAGGGAAAGUGACAAUUACGCCAGAAGUGAAGUCAAGUCACAGUGUCUCCACCGUUAUCAGCCUGCUGUCCACACUGUAGAGGUUCACCUUCAAUCACCCACGAUCUACUGCGGUCUGACCUCCCACAUGCUAUGGAGUGCGGCCUCAAAGAUGACGAAAGAAAGUCAAGCCUCUCCCUGAUCAAGAAGAUGGUUCACUAUAUGGAGGCUCCGUUAUUGUUGUCUCUGUUAACCAUGGCGAUGAAUCCGUGGGUGGGUACAAGUUUCCCGGCCUCACUGACGGAGGUGCUAAAUACAAAUGUCCUAGAUCACGAGGAUGAUGACCACUAUGCAAAUAAUUGAGGACGUGAUGAAGGAAGGGGGAGAACUCUUCCUGGACCACUUUGCUCGUCUUGGACUGUUUGGCAAGGUUCUGUCCCUUGCUGGGCCAGUGAUGGAGGAGGAGACUGGGAUGGGGCCAGAAAAGGAGGACAGUGGGAGUACGGAGAUUGUCCAGGGCUGCCCGUACCACUGGCGUGACUGGAGCCUGGUCCAGGGUCGUGACUGCCUCUACCUCUGGAGUGACGCGGCCGCUCUUGAGCUCUCCAGUGGAUCUAAUGGCUGGUUCCGCUUUAUCCUGGACAGCAAGCUUGCCACAAUGUACUCCAGUGGCAGUCCUGAAGGUGGAUCUGACUGUUUAGAGAAUCAGGGUGAAUUUCUGGAGAAACUUCAGCGAGCCCGAAGCCAGAUCAGGCUGGGUACUCCCAGUCAUCCUAUCUUGUCCACAGUGAACCCUGGCCGUAUUCUCGUAGGCAACUGGGUUAUAUCCUGCAGCAAGGAGGGCGAGCUGCAUGUACAGAACUCAAAUGGACAGCAUGAUGGCUGGUUUCAUGCCAGAUGUUCAGAAAUGGUGUCUGAUAUUCCAAGGCAGCGAUCGAGCAAUCGUGAACAGAAGCGUCAGAUACAACUAUGAAGUCAAUCUUCAAAGACCGUUUGAAGUGGCAGCUUAUGCCUGUGUUCCGAAUUUCUUCUAUCUUGCGGUCACCCUGCUGUUUGGACUCAUCGUUGUCAUCUUGGCAAAGUUCAGCUUUGGACGAGCUCUUAUUCUGAAA